AUAAUUUUUUUUUCAAAAUAACUCGAUUAAUUUUUUUUCUAUCUUUCUUAGAAUCGCGAUCCCAUUAAUAUACAGUUUUUAUUCAGGAAUAAAUGUUAAAGAUUAUAUUGGAGCACUCAUUUAUAUAAACUGUACGAUACAAAAUUUAUCCAUCCCUGCAUACAUUUUAGUUAUAUAAAACACAUAAAGCGUACUCAUAUUACAAGAUACAACCUAGAUAGGAUUCUUUGCUACGAAUUUAUUUUUAAACAUUGCUAUAUUUAUAUAUAUCUAUCUAAUAUUGUAUAAUACGCCCACUCUGUCCUCAUGUAAUCCCGGGGAACGAGGAAAUUGAAUGUAUUUUAGUCGUUUUCGUGCUUUUGUCGUUGCCGCGCGUUCAUACAUUUUUACAUUAAAUUUUACAUCUCGACGAAGCUGUCAAUCGUCACGUGAACGAAUUUAUCAAGCGAGCGUCACAUUGAGAAAUAAACUACGCGGGAAAAAUGAAAACGAUCUGGGUUAUCGGCGGGCCGGGAUGCGGCAAGGGAACGCAGUGCGACCGUAUGAUUGAAAAGUACGGAUUUCUUCACCUGAGCAGCGGUGAUUUAUUGCGAGCGGAAGUAGCCAGUGGUAGCGAAAGAGGAGCGUCGCUACAGGAUCUAAUGUCCAAGGGAUUAUUUGUGCCAACGGACAUUGUGCUGGCGCUUAUAAAGGAAAAGAUGGACAAAGCUCGUGAAGAAGAAACCACAAAGACCGGAUUUCUCAUCGAUGGAUAUCCCCGUGAAAAGGAUCAAGGCAUUUUCUUUGAGAAAAAUGUUUGCCCCGUCGACUUAAUUCUUUUCUUCGAUGUAGCGAACGAGACCUUGAAAAAAAGACUUCUAGGACGUGCCGCCGUAUCCCAAAGAGCGGACGAUAACGAGGAGACGAUCAAAAAGAGAAUCGAGAUAUUUAACGAGAAGAACAACGAGAUUGUCGAACAUUACAAAGACAAAGUUGUUAGAAUCAAUGCAGAGGGAACAGUGGAUGAAAUAUUCACCAAUGUGACAAAAGCAUUGGACGCUCUGUUAGCUUAGGUAAAUUGGCAAAUUUUGAAGAAUAGCAAGAGAUCUAUUGCUAUCUUUGUUCAUUCUGAGUAGUGUGAUACUCUUAUUGCUCAUUCAAGUGAAACAGACAAAUAAAGUGUUUCUUUAAUUGUUAAUUAUUGAAUAAAAUUCUACCAAUACGCAACUCUGUUGUAAGGUUGAAGUACAAUAUUUAUGUUUUCUAUUUGCAUAUUUCUCUAUAUUUGUUCUUUGAAUAAACUUUUCACUAAUUGAUAUAUUAGAUAAAAAGUUCUUUUAGAGUUUCUCUAAAAAUUUCUGCAUAACAGUAUCUUUCUCUUUUCGUAGAGUAGGUUUUGCCAUAGGCAUCAUAUUAUCUACGUAACUUUUAGCAUCUCUGGCAAAUUGUACAACCAUAGGUUUAUCUUUUAAUAUAUAUCCAUUAGUUUCUUUGAGAGCCAAUCUGGCCUGUGAAGUAUUUUGUAAUGUGAUGAAGGCUUGGCCUUUCAUUCUGCCCUCUUGCAUGAGCCGUACAUCAUAUCUGUAAUACAGAUAUUAAUAAUAAUACAUUACGAGAUAUAAAUAAUAAGAUAUAAUAGUAGAUACAUAUUGUAUUUGUAUGAACAAAACACACUUACUCAGCUUCAGCAUCUUUCAAUCCAGCAAUAAAAUAUCUUUUAUAAAUAUAAU